AAAGAAAAAUACUAUAAUCCAAUAACUCUCUCUCUCUCUCUCUCUCUCUCUCUCUCUCUCUCUCUCUCUCUCUCUCUCUCACAGAGACUUCUUCCAUUACAAGUUUCCAUACCUAUUCCUUCCAUUUCCAUGUCUAAAGAGCACAUAACCCAGCAAACUCUACCAAAACUUGAAGAAUCUACAACACAAGGUCUCAAGCAAGACGAAGAUGGGGAGGCGGUUGCCGCUGAAGAAGUAUCAAAUGAUGAUCAAGAAGGGUGCAAGACACCAACUUCUAGUGAUCACAAGAUACCAACCUUCCGAAGCUGCCCGCCAACACCAAGAAAGAAAGUGCAAAAAUUGUUCUUGCAAAAGAGGAAGUUGCCUGAUGAGAUGAACUUCUUCGAAGCUUCGAACAGAGAUGAGGUAGAGUCUUUCUUUCGAUCAAGCUUUGAGCUACCGGGCGUUGAAUCUCGUCGCAUUAAGAGAAGAUGUAGAAGUUACUGAUAAGAUUUUCUUUAAAUUCAUCAUCUCCUCAUAUGUGUAGAUAUGCAAUAUUAUUACAUAUUUAUUUUUCUUCCUUUUUUUUUUAUAAGAUUUACUUCUUAUGUAUGGAUUAAUUAUGAUAAAUCUAGCUAGCUAACCCUUGUUAA